AUGUGGUCUGGGAAGAUCCUAGGAGGAUUCUGGGCGACACUCGUCUUCCUGGUCACCCCCCUGGCCAGAGGAGCCCAGCUUUGGAGGGAUUCUCAAGCAGAGGGUGGCAGCCACAGUCGGGGCCGAGACCUGUUGACCGAAGCCCCGCGACACCUCCAGUGGACUUACAACCACACCUCGCCGCUCCAGAACCGAUCGAGAGGACUCCUCAGGACGUUCAUGGAGAAAACAGGGUGCUCGCCACCUGGAAACUUCGGGGUGCAGGAGAAAUGCAACCCGUGCUUUGAGCCUGACACUCUGCUUCUCAUUGCUGGAGGACAUGUCGGGGAGAGUCCGGAGGAGGAAAUUUUCCAGAGAAUUUCCCUUCUCCUCCUCUACUACGUUGUUCACCGGGAAGACGUUUGCUCGUCCAAGCUCGGCCUGAGCAACAAGGAAUACACGUUCUUUCUUCACAGCCUCCUGAGCUUAAGGAGGGAUGAAAACCAUAAUUUCUUUUCUCGGAACGAAACGGAAGAUGCCCUGGUUGCAGUGAGGCACCAUUUUAACACUUCUGGGGAUCAAUGUCUGGGGGUCGACGAUUUGGAGCGGCGAUCUGGGAUCUCGAGGAGCGAGGGGGCGGAUGCCAGUACCCUUCCCCAGCUGGCGAUGACCAUCAUUACCCUGUCCCUUCAGGGGGUCUGUCUGGGCCAUCCAAGACUACCCUCCCCUGAUUUCUUCAUGGACUAUGUCUUCAGUUCCCUCAACACAACUAACGCUCUCCGACUACAAGAAUUAGAUCAGCUUCUCCGUUUACUCCGCGCUGGCCGUCCCUGUGACCACGGUGACCCUGCCGUGGGGGCCCCUAGGACCAGCUGGGGAUCAGGAGGACCCAGGGACAAUGAAGUCCCCCGGGGCUCUGUGAUGGCCAGAAGGAAAGCGGAGCUCCCAGGAGGCCACCCAAAUUCCUGGAACCAGGCCUGCCUCUCAGCCGAAGACCUGGCCGAGAUAUUCCUGCCGACCAGCCAGGGCUCCAUCUCCAAGGAAAACUUCCAGGAAAUCAGUCCUGCCGUCAUCCAGCAGUCGUUGCUCACCUGCCCUUGCGGGUCAGGUGACCCCCAGCCUGUCCGGACACCCCCCGAGGCCCUGGAAAGAUAUGGCUACGGGACGGUGGCUGUGCUGCUCAUCACUGUGGGCUCUGUGUUGGGCCCAGGCCUCAUUCUCCUCAGCGGCUGCCAUGGCAACUCCCAGCUGGUCAUGCAGCUGUUCGUUGGCCUGGCCAUAGGGGUGCUUUCCGGCGAUGCCCUGCUCCACCUCAUCCCGCAGAUUCUCGGCCUCCACAAGCAGGAAGCCCAGAAGACGGGCCAUUUCCAUGAGGGCAAGGAAUACAUUUGGAAACUUUUGGGUGUGAUUGGAGGAAUCCAUGGAUUUUUUCUGAUUGAAAAAUGCUUCGUUCUGCUCAUGCCCGGGAGGGACAAGGGUUUUCCCGUAGCUGAUGGGCUGGAGAGGCUGCCCCCAGACCCGAGCCUAGAAUUGGAAUUAGACGGCCUGCCCGGCAGAGACAAGUCCACUUCCACUCUCCAGUUGAGAAGUCCAGAAGAUUCUGAGCCAGCCAGAGAUUCUGCAGACAGUCUGACUGCCUCUAAAGGAAAGCGGAAGGCGAUUGGGCGGCUGGCGAUAAUGGUCCUGUUGGGAGACAGCCUUCACAACUUUGCCGACGGCCUGGUGAUCGGAGCAGCCUUCUCGUCCUCCACGGAAACGGGCGUCACCACCGCCGUCGCCAUCCUGUGCCACGAAAUUCCACAUGAAAUGGGUGACUUUGCUGUGCUCCUUAGCACAGGAAUGCCAACCAAGACGGCCGUCCUGAUCAAUUUUCUCAGUGCGCUCCCUGCUUUCCUGGGCCUUUACGUAGGCCUGGCGAUAUCAGCCGACCCUGGGGUGCAGAACUGGAUUUUCUCCGUUACGGCGGGCAUGUUCUUGUAUUUAUCGCUGGUGGAAAUGCUUCCUGAAAUGACUCAUGUUCAAACACAGAGACCCUGGUUGAUGUUUCUCUUGCAGAACUUUGGACUGAUACUAGGCUGGCUUUUACUCCUACUGUUGGCUAUAUAUGAGCAUAACAUUAAAAUAUAAAGUUUCUCUCUAAAGACCUUUCUGCAAGUUGAUACGGCUUCAUUUUACUAUUUCCCAUGCACAAUAUAAUGGUUUAAAAAUUCCUCUAAGUUACUACACUAGACUGUAAUUUUUAUUGCUUCGUCGAUAAAGGAGGAUAUUGUUUCAGUUUAUCGACUUCUUCUGAUUUUGGGAUAUUCUGUUAGUGUAAAUGUGCAGUCUGGAUUGAGUCUGUGAAAUUUUCCCAAACCAUGUUCAAACUCAAGUACUAAUAGAUUCUCUCCAACACUUUCAGCACUCCUCUCCUCUAAUAAGGAAUGAAAUGUUUAUUUAUAGUCGUUGACGUAGUCUGCAUAGUUCCCAAAUGCCUUAAGGUAGAAAGUUGAUUGCGGCUUUUUCAUGCCCAGAACCCAUUUAUUUCUACACAAAUGUAAACCGCUAACCAAGCUAA